UCAGACCCAGGUCACUGCUGGCUGAUAUGCAAGGUUUUUAUGGACACAGGACCGACAUACCGUGGCUACCAUGGGCACUGAAGAACAAAAACCAACAGUUUUGUUGGAUGUCCUCUCCAACCUUGGACUGGAGAAAUAUUAUCCCAACAAACUCAGUCUUCAGUCUCUAUUGGAAGUCAACAAAAGCAGCAUCUAUGAAAAAGCUGUUAUAUCAGUGAAUGAGAUGCCAUUUCAUUUCUUAAGAAAACUGUUUCAAAUCAAUGCCGGGUGCCGAAACUGCACACGUAUAAUCAGCAGCUGUGAUGAAACUGAUGACAACCUUGACUUAUUGGACCUUUACACAGCAUGUAACCCAUCCGAAAACACAGUUCAUCCUCUUGACCUGAUAGUAGGUCUGUUUCUUUGUGCAGACAGCUUCUUGCAACAGGAAAUGGCCGUCAAGAUGUCUUUAUGCCAGUUUUCCGUCCCGCUGCUGUUGCCCCACACCGACAACAAUCAGUGUACCCUGAUGCUAUGGGCUCUGAGAGAAAUUGUAAAAGAGUGGUGUCCACAUGAUUUGUCCCAAUCAAGAGGAUUUGUUGAAGACAACAUUGUCCAAGCAAGAAUGCCGUUGUUUUCCUUUGUGAGGUUAAAAAGCUGCAGUAUAUCCAAAUCUCAGUUUCUGAAUCAGGUCCUCAGCCGUGACCAGCAGAAUCACACUAUGUUCACCCACAGAGACAUGGAAGGAGGAAGCCUGACUCGAAAACUGUCAAAUGGUUUAGUGGAAGUUUGCUGGUUUCUUCCUUGUGGGAGGAAAAAUCUUGACGUGUUCCCGGAGCCAGUUGCAUUUGCUAAUUUGCGAGGAGACAUUUCCGAGUCACUUACACAGUUUACUUUUCUGUAUGAAGUUUCCAAUGCAGUCUUUGUAUUCCUGGACAAAGUUGAAGAAAAGGAACAUCUCAUUCUGAAGGCUCUUCAAGAUGCAAAAUCCAGACUCUAUUUUGUUGUUCAUCGUGGAGAUAGUGCUGCUGAGAAUAUGACGUCUGUCAAGAAAACACUGCAAGAUUUGGAUGUACCAAUGAGCAGUGUCAAAAUCAAGGAUUCAAGGGUAAAUACAGCAGAGUUUUCAAAAAAGCUUUGUGAAACCAUCAAAACCUCACUCUGUUCCAUAAAGACCACAAUGAGUAUUGCAGAUAUGCAAAAGAAAGCUGUUGACUUGGGUCUGACUGUGGAUGAAAACAAAACUCUUGAGCAGAAAAAAACUGCUGAGGAGAUCAUGAUGGGGAUUGGUGUGCGAAGUAUACCACACUACAAAAAACAACAGCUUCCUUUGCAAGGAGAGAACUGGAAGAGAUUAUCACAACUGGAGAGGAAGGAGUGCAGAAUCAGUGAUGUCGGCACUGAUGCUGUUGAGCAUCAUAUAGCUCAGCUACAAGAGGAGAAAAAGCACAUUUGGGAAGAACAAAAACAGCAAAAAGUGUCUCAAGGAAUGCUGGCUUUUAUUGAGACCUUAUCAACAAGCAACAGAGAGACAAGACAGUUUUUCUUGAAGUGGAUGAAAUUCAGGUUCAAUGACCAUUCUCGAGACAAACUGAGCAACCUGCGCAACAAAUUCAAAGAGCAAUGCAAAGCAAAGGAUGCCAAACUCAUUGCGGAAGUUGAUCAAGCUCUGUUGGACAGCUCUUUAGGGGUAGAGCAUUACAUGCGAGAGGUGGGACUUCACUAUGAGGUUUCUGCGCACUCAGAUGAUAUCACAAAUAAAAUGUCCCAUUUGCCUGAAGUAGCUGCUGAAAUGCUGUUGGAUGGUUAUCCAUUGGAACUGUUGGAUGGUGUUGCUUCAAACGUCCCAGAGAAGUGGGUGACAGCCGUGUUAAUGGAGCUUCACAAGAAGGUCGGGGGACAGAGCAGAUUGUUAGUACUAGCCGUGUUGGGGGUUCAAAGUAGUGGAAAAUCAACCCUUCUCAACACCAUGUUUGGUGUUCAGUUUAGUGUCAGCAGUGGCAGAUGUACAAGAGGGGCCUACAUGCUCUUUCUCAAAGUUGGAGAAGAUACUCAACAAGAGUUGGGUUGUGACUUCAUUCUGCUCAUUGAUACAGAAGGUCUGAAAUCCCCUGAGCUCGCACAACUAGAAGAUAGUUAUGAGCAUGACAAUCAGCUGGCAACCUUUGUCAUUGGCUUAAGUGACGUGACCAUUAUAAACAUUGCAAUGGAGAAUGCAAACGAAAUGAAAGAUGUCCUCCAAAUCGCUGUUCAUGCCUUCUUGAGAAUGAAAGAAAUUGGGAAAAAGACUAUUUGUCAUUUUGUGCACCAAAAUGUUGCUGGAGUUUCAGCUCAUAGCAGAACCCUGACAGAGAGACAACAUCUCUUGGACCAACUCAAUGACAUGACAAAGAUUGCAGCCGACAUGGAAAGACAAUCUUCUAUCCAAGAAUUCACAGAUGUGUUGCACUAUGAUGUGGAAAACAACAACUGGAACAUCCCAGGACUUUGGCAUGGAACUCCUCCAAUGGCACCAGUAAACACUGGUUACAGUGAAGCCGUAUCACAGUUCAAGAAAAAUCUUCUGGACUCUGUAGGAAAACAAAGGCAAUCCCCAGCCUCAAAGAUCCCAGACUUUGUAGAAUGGAUGAGAAGUCUGUGGAAAUCAGUGAAAUAUGAGAACUUCAUCUUCAGUUUCAGGAACACUCUUGUGGCCCACGCUUAUGACAACCUGUGCAAAGAGUUCAACCAGUGGGAAUGGGAGAUGCAAAAAGAAAUCCUCUCCAGACAGACAGCAGCAGAGUUAGAAGUUGCAAAUGCCAACAACGACGGUGGAUUGGAAGCAUGGACCACCUUGGUCAGGCUCAAAAAAGAACAACUAGCUGAAGAAAUAGAAGCACAAAAAAACAAAAUGAAAGACAAACUCUCCGAUUAUUACAGAAAGAGAGACAGACAUGUAAACCUGAUAGAGAAAUACAAAGCAGACUUUUUCAAUUGCAUCACAGGCCUGUCAAAUGAGAUUCAACAUUCAGUCAAUGCUAAAUUGGAAGGAACGCUCGAGCGAAAGAUAGCUUUGAGAAAGGCACUGGACAUAAUACAGGAGUACUGUGGCAGGAUUGAAGAGAGAGUCUUGAAGCUUCUGAGCGACUGCAAAGACACCAAACUGUCUGAUGACCAACUUCGAGAGGAGUUUGACAAAAUGUGGACUGCUGCUACUGCCAAUGUACCUGCACUGAAAGAAAAAGAUAUACACGCAUCCGUUCUCACCCAGCUGAAGAGGAAUCUAUCAAACCGGAAUGUUAACGAGGACUUACAGCACAUCAAAGACCUGAAAAGCUUUGGAAUGGACACAUUUAAGACACGAAUUGACCAUGUUGACUCUGUCAUGAAGAAGAUUAAAAAUAUGUUGAAAAGAGACAUACAGAUGUUUGCAGACAACGUCAUUGAGACAUCAACAAAGUUUGUUGUUGAUAAAACCAAGUCAGGUGGUGAUUACCAUGAUUCUUUGUCAAGGGAUCUGUUGCAAAGGAUUGAUGAAUCACUAAAUAAAGGUUAUAGGUCUCAUAGCGCAAACAUAAGAUUUGAGAUUGACCUCAAACUUCAUAUUUGUGGAAUUGCUGCCAGAAAAUUCCUCAAAAUGCACCAAAAAUUCUUGUGCAAAAAUGACCCCCGAGCACAGUUGGAACAAUACAAGCACCAAUACUUGUCUGACUUUCUGGAUUUGUACAAAGAGACAGAUCACUGCCAACGCAAAGCAAAUGAUUAUGUCCAGUUUUGUAUCAAGCCCGCCAUUGAGGACUACAUGAACAGAGCUUUGGGAGUUGACAUUGUAGAUGACAUCUUGACAAGUUGCCAUUCAGUAGAGUACAGUUCACGCUCCAGUUUCCACUACAACAUUCAGAAAGAGUUACUGCUGAAAGAUGACUUUGAGGCAUUUGUCAAGUACAUCUCUCAGUACGAAAUGUAUGUUAAGGACUGGAUAUUUGAGCAGGUUGUUCAAAAAAUGCAAGACAACAUUUUGUGUGAAUUAAAGCGAAAGAAGCUGGAAGCUGUAGUUGCCAAAAUAUUGAAGGCAAUGAAGGAGGCCUCAAGUAUGCGAUCAGAUGACAAUGAAAAUGUUCCAAAACUUGUCUUUGAAAUGCAGAAUGAUCUGAUGGAAGACUUUGCGAUACCAGAGGAUGCUACAAACCGUGCUUUGUUUCAAAUCAAAACCACAUGCCAGUCAUUCGCACAAAGCUUUACUGCAUCCUUGAACACGUUAAAGGAAACUCUCCAUGUGGAAUUCUCCAAGAUGGAAGACAUACCUGAAACCCUAAAUAGGCUUACAGUGAAACCACAGGAUGAGCUCUUCAAGAGGAUAUUUGGAUGCGGACACAUUUGCCCAUUUUGUAAAAUUCCUUGUGAGGCUGGAGGAAAAGACCACAAGAAACAUCAUGCUGCUGUGCAUCGGCCACAGGGGCUUGGAGCAUACAGAUACCUUUCAACUGAAGUACUGGUUGAAACUCUAUGUACAACUGAUGUGCAGACUGACCGUUUAUUUCGAAUAUUUGAAGGGACAACUGAGCUGUGGAUUCCAUACAAAGACUACACAAAAUACUAUCCUGACUGGCACAUUCCUCCAGAUGCCACAAUAGAAGCUUCUGAUUACUGGAAGUUUGUACUUGUACGCUACAAUCAGAGAUUUGCUCAAACGUAUGCGUGCAAGCCUGCCGAUGUUCCAAAUGCCUGGACGACAAUCACAAAGGAGCAAGCCCUUGAGGGUCUGAAAAACACUUUCAACAUGAGUUAAUCUUUUGCUCAGGGGAUUUCAGACAACAGUAGUAAACCUGGUUCAUGGUGUAAUAUAUGUGUAUACUAAUAAAUACCUGUACCUUACAUUUCGAUAACACUGUUCUGGGAACUCAAGGAUGCUGAUUAUAUAUUUUGUGGUGAUGGUGAUGAUGUACUACACCCAGUAAAAGAUUGUCACAUCAUAUUUAUCUUUGAAUAUUGUAAAUAUCUAUCUUGAAUAUACUGUAUUAUGAGUCUUUUCUUGUAAACUCCAGAUUACUUUUUUCUUUUAGUGAACUCCAAUCGAACUGGCUUCAUGACUUAGGGAGGUCAAAGUGACCUGAUUGUUACCCAAGAUGGGUUUGGAUGUUAAUGAAUUCCAAGAUGCCCUGCCCCAAACAGUUUGUUCCAGUUAGAAGGUACCUCCAAAUCAGGGCUGAGUUCUGGAAACCUACGUCAUUGUUACUGCUUCAAAACACUAUUUAACUGUCUCCCCAACCAGUGUCUUGUUUUGCUUUUCAAAAAUGUACCAUAAGAAUUGAUUAAAUGUCGUUCAAUAACCAUUUCUUUAAAAUGGAAGUGAUAUUACAGCAUACUGUAUGUAACAGUAUCCUUGCCUCAAAUCAGCAGUCCUUUCCUCUUCCUGCCCAAGGGUGCUUGAUGAAAAUUUGAGUGUCACUACCACAACAAAGACUCAAGUGUCAGUGAUUCACGUGUAAGUGUAAUAUGUACGUAAGUCAUGAAUGAAUCAUUGACAAGUGAAUUUCCUCAAAUUUAUAGUUAUUGAAUGAUAAUAUUGCAUUGUUAAACCUUACAGUAUUGUUGCACUAUUGUUCGGAUUGUUAUGUGGAUUUACUUUUGAAUUUGUCAGUCAGCUACAUUUUAAAUAAGAGAGGUUAAUUUUGCAAAAUAU